AUGGAAGUUUUACCCUUGCUCUUGGUUUUGUCCUUCUGGUGGUCUCGAACCUUGGAUUCGGCGAGUGCGGAUUCUAUCAUUCAUAUCGGAGCAAUUUUUGAUGAAUCUGCCAAAAAGGAUGAUGAGGUGUUUCGCACAGCAGUUGGCGACCUCAACCAGAAUGAGGAGAUCUUACAGACUGAGAAAAUCACAUUUUCGGUGACAUUUGUUGAUGGCAACAACCCUUUUCAAGCAGUUCAAGAAGCCUGUGAACUCAUGAAUCAAGGCAUCUUGGCCCUGGUCAGCUCCAUUGGCUGCACAUCAGCUGGGUCCCUCCAGUCUCUGGCAGAUGCCAUGCACAUCCCCCACCUCUUCAUUCAGCGCUCAACAGCUGGGACCCCAAGGAGUGGCUGUGGAGUCACCCGGAGCAACAGGAAUGAUGACUACACUCUCUCUGUUAGGCCACCUGUCUACUUAAAUGACGUUAUCCUGAGAGUGGUCACAGAAUAUGCCUGGCAGAAGCUAAUUAUAUUCUAUGAUAGUGAAUAUGAUAUCCGUGGAAUACAGGAGUUUUUGGACAAAGUGUCUCAGCAGGGGAUGGAUGUUGCACUUCAGAAGGUAGAAAACAACAUCAAUAAAAUGAUCACCACUCUCUUUGAUACCAUGAGAAUAGAGGAAUUGAAUCGCUAUCGAGACACUCUUAGGCGAGCCAUCCUUGUUAUGAAUCCUGCCACAGCCAAAGCCUUCAUUACUGAGGUUGUGGAGACGAAUUUGGUUGCUUUUGACUGUCACUGGAUCAUUAUAAAUGAGGAAAUAAAUGAUGUGGAUGUACAGGAACUUGUAAGAAGGUCAAUUGGAAGGUUAACCAUCAUUCGUCAGACAUUUCCAGUCCCCCAGAAUAUAAGUCAGCGAUGUUUCCGUGGCAACCAUCGAAUAUCUUCAACGUUGUGUGAUCCAAAGGAUCCAUUUGCUCAGAAUAUGGAGAUUUCAAACCUUUACAUAUAUGACACGGUGCUUCUGCUUGCUAAUGCUUUUCAUAAGAAGCUGGAGGACCGAAAGUGGCACAGUAUGGCUAGUUUGUCAUGUAUCAGAAAGAACUCCAAGCCCUGGCAGGGAGGGCGUUCCAUGCUGGAGACCAUCAAGAAGGGUGGAGUUAGUGGGUUGACUGGAGAGCUAGAAUUUGGAGAAAAUGGAGGCAAUCCCAAUGUCCACUUUGAAAUUCUUGGAACCAACUAUGGAGAAGAGCUUGGCCGAGGUGUUCGCAAACUUGGGUGCUGGACUCCUGUCACAGGGCUGAAUGGGUCCCUGACUGACAAGAAACUGGAGAAUAACAUGCGUGGAGUGGUCCUACGUGUGGUGACUGUUCUGGAAGAACCUUUUGUAAUGGUCUCUGAAAAUGUCCUGGGUAAGCCAAAGAAAUACCAAGGCUUCUCCAUUGAUGUUUUGGAUGCCUUAUCUAACUACCUGGGUUUUAACUAUGAAAUUUAUGUUGCACCGGAUCACAAGUAUGGAAGCCCACAAGAAGAUGGGACAUGGAAUGGCUUGGUGGGAGAACUAGUGUUUAAGAGGGCCGACAUAGGGAUUUCUGCUUUGACUAUCACCCCAGACCGUGAGAAUGUGGUGGACUUUACAACACGUUACAUGGACUACUCAGUGGGAGUCCUACUUCGAAGGGCUGAAAAGACAGUGGAUAUGUUUGCCUGUCUUGCACCAUUUGAUCUCUCACUAUGGGCUUGCAUUGCUGGCACAGUUCUUCUGGUCGGUCUACUGGUCUACCUCUUGAAUUGGCUUAAUCCCCCAAGAUUACAAAUGGGAUCGAUGACUUCUACCACUCUCUACAACUCCAUGUGGUUUGUGUAUGGAUCCUUUGUACAGCAAGGUGGGGAAGUCCCAUACACAACUCUGGCUACCCGAAUGAUGAUGGGGGCUUGGUGGCUAUUUGCUUUGAUUGUCAUCUCAUCUUACACAGCAAACCUUGCUGCUUUCCUCACUAUCACCCGCAUUGAAAGCUCCAUCCAGUCUCUCCAGGACCUUUCCAAGCAAACAGAUAUCCCUUAUGGCACAGUCCUGGACUCUGCGGUAUAUGAACAUGUUCGCAUGAAGGGAAUGAAUCCUUUUGAGAGGGACAGCAUGUAUUCCCAAAUGUGGCGGAUGAUCAACCGAAGCAAUGGAUCAGAGAAUAACGUUCUGGAGUCCCAAGCAGGCAUUCAAAAGGUAAAAUAUGGAAAUUAUGCUUUUGUAUGGGAUGCAGCUGUAUUGGAAUACGUGGCUAUCAAUGACCCAGACUGCUCCUUUUACACCAUUGGGAAUACUGUUGCUGAUCGAGGAUAUGGAAUUGCAUUGCAGCAUGGCAGUCCUUACCGGGAUGUUUUUUCACAAAGGAUCCUGGAGCUUCAGCAGAGUGGUGACAUGGACAUCCUGAAGCACAAAUGGUGGCCCAAGAACGGCCAGUGUGACCUGUACUCCUCAGUGGACACGAAGCAGAAAGGAGGUGCCCUGGACAUAAAGAGCUUUGCAGGGGUUUUUUGCAUCCUGGCUGCGGGGAUCGUCCUCUCCUGCUUUAUAGCCAUGCUGGAGACGUGGUGGAACAAGAGGAAAGGCUCCAGGGUCCCAUCAAAAGAGGAUGACAAGGAAAUUGACCUGGAGCACCUCCAUAGACGUGUAAAUAGCUUGUGCACAGAUGACGACAGCCCCCAUAAACAGUUUUCCACCUCGUCAAUUGACUUGACCCCUCUGGACAUUGACACUUUGCCAACACGACAAGCACUGGAGCAAAUCAGUGAUUUCAGGAACACUCAUAUUACCACAACAACCUUUAUCCCAGAGCAGAUCCAGACUCUUAGCCGUACACUGUCAGCUAAAGCUGCCUCUGGUUUCGCUUUUGGCAACGUGCCUGAGCACCGAACUGGCCCUUUUAGGCACAGGGCACCUAAUGGGGGCUUUUUCAGGAGUCCUAUAAAAACAAUGUCAUCUAUUCCUUAUCAACCAACUCCUACCCUGGGGCUCAAUCUGGGUAAUGAUCCAGACCGAGGCACCUCCAUAUGAGCACCCAACAAAAGCUCUUCACUGUUUCUUUUGUAGGACUCCCUUUGCAAGGAGCGACUGUAAUAUUGUGGGACUAACAUGGAUGUAACAUUUUUUUUUUUUAAUCAGGAGUAUUAGUAACAAUUCUAGUUCUUUCUCUCUACCUUCUCCCUCCUCUCUCUCUCCUCUGUUUCUUUCUCUCUUUUCUUCCUGGACAUUUCUCUCCACUUUUUUCAUUACUCAAUUGAUUCCCCCAGAAGGUAGUAUACUAGGAUCCUAUUAGUCCGCUUUUCAUAUACUGUACUUCAAGUAUAGGAAACGUGCACUGAGUAUACUAACAGUAUAUGCAGGAUUAAUUUUACAUAAAGGCCUC